GUUUGUUUACUGGCGGAGAGGCUGGGAAGAAGGGGAUCCUACAGGACCUGGGAGACUGUACCUCCUACCUCGGUUUGUGGAGAAGAAAAGGAGAAAAUAACUCGAAAACUUUAUAUCACCUACUUUUCUCUUAUUCUGAUUCACGCUUAGUCGUGGUGACAGGAGCGUAAACUCAAUUUGCAGCAUCUAUUUUUUUUUUUCUAUUCCCAAACCAAAAAAAAGUACAGCGGAGUGCUGCGGAGCCACGAAGUGUCUGAACACGUCUGUCUGUCUUUCAGAGAGGUCUGGAGGUCUCUAUGAAAUCUCUGCACUGACUGAAGAGGAGUUGUCGCUUUGGAGCUACACAUCUGCCCGGAAACAAAACACCUUACUUAACAAGCGAAAUAAGUCAACUGAUGUUUUGUGCUCGCUGGAUGACUUGAGGGGGAUUUUUACGAAAGACACGCAAACGUUACGCCACGCAUGCCACAACCAUCGAGUCAGAAGCCCACGGCUCCAAAAAUUCCUCUAAAUUAAGUUAAUCGUCGCUUUUAAAGAAAUGUUCCUGCAUGCAAGUUGUCCACUGUUACAAAUAAUAUGCACUGCAGCUGUGUGGUAUGCGGGGGGUUUCUUAAACUUAAAAUAAUUUGAGACAGUUGCUGGAAAGCAGCGUAAACUUAACUUGUGGCCUGGACUAGAGUGGUGGAGCCAGGCGAGGCAGCUAACGUAGCUAGCUUAGCUUCUUCUCGGCCAACAAGUCUGUUUUUGCUCUUUUUUCCCCCCAGAAACUGAAAAACCCAACUGUGCCAGUUGAACUAACUAUUGUAUUUAAAUACACAAAAAGAGCACCCGUGUGGUGUGUAUGUUAACGGUGUUUUUCCAUGAAGUGGCUAACUUUAGCAGCAGCAUCGUUAGCUUGUGUUUGAUUGAACACGUUGGACUCGUGCCUCCGCCCAUCUUCCGGGAUGUCUUUUAUUUAUUUUUGUUUACCUGUUGGCCCACGCCGCAAAACAAAACCAAUUUCCUGAAGGUAUUUCUCGUCCAGUUUGAACUUUCCUCCAUUCUGCAUUUGACCCGGAAUAGUGCUGGAUGGGGUAUUAUUCCGAGUCAGUUAUGUGGCUCCGGACUUUGUGCUUGUGUUUUGUUUUGACCGCUGUGUGCUUUGUGAUGAGCUGUCAACGAGCGAGUGGAGAGGUUUGUCCAAGCAAGGACAUCCGCAACAAUGUGACCAACCUACGUACGCUAGAGAACUGCACCGUGAUUGAAGGCCACCUGAAGAUCUUACUCAUGUUCAGGACCAAGCCUGAAGAUUUCCGAGGCCUCAGUUUCCCCAAGCUGACAGUGGUCACUGACUACCUGUUGCUCUUCAGAGUUUACGGCCUGGAGACCCUCAGCGAUCUCUUCCCCAACCUAACUGUCAUCAGAGGCAAUAACCUGUUCUUCAACUACGCCCUAGUAAUGUUCGAGAUGCUCCAACUACGAGAGAUCGGCCUCCAUAGCUUGAUGAACAUCACCCGAGGAGCUGUGAGAAUUGAGAAGAACCCAGAUCUCUGCUAUCUCUCGACUCUGGACUGGUCCAAGAUCCUGGACACAGGGGAGGAUAACUACAUCAUGGCUAACAAGAACGACAGAGAGUGUGGAGACGUCUGCCCCGGGGCGGCCAGCGGAAAGACCACCUGCCAGACCACCACCAUCAACGGACACUUCAGUGAACGCUGCUGGACUCAGAACCACUGUCAAAGAAUGUGCCCUGUUCAUUGUAAACAUCGAGCCUGCACCAAGGACGACCAGUGCUGCCACGACCAGUGCCUGGGCGGCUGCCAGAAGCCCCACUCAUCCAGCCACUGCGUGGCCUGCCGCGGCCUCCAGCACGAGGACAGUUGUGUUGAGCGCUGCCCUGAAAAUCACUUCACCUACAAAGGCUGGCGCUGCGUCUCCUUCGCCUUCUGCCAGGAUCUCCACAACAGAUGCAAGCGGGAGAAGGAGCACAGCAAGAACCCCGACUGCCACGAGUAUGUCAUACACAAUGGUGCCUGCAUCCCUGAGUGUCCCUCCGGCUACACCACCAUCAACUCCUCCGCGCUCAACUGCACUCCCUGUGCAGGGCUGUGUCCCAAGGUAUGUAUGGGUUUAAAAACUGUGGACUCAGUCACUGCUGCCCAGGCUUUGAGAGGCUGCACAGUUCUCAACGGGAGCCUGGUCAUCAACCUGCGGGGAGGAAACAACAUAGCAGCUGAACUGGAGGCCAGUCUGGGCCAGCUGGAGGAGAUCACUGGCUACCUGACAGUGCGACGUUCCUACGCCCUCGUAUCCCUCUCUUUUUUCCGCAAACUCCGUGUUAUUCGUGGAGAGGAACAGGAAAUCGGGAAUUACUCAUUCUAUGCCCUGGACAACCAGAACCUGCGGCAGCUCUGGGAUUGGUCCAAACACAAGCUGACCAUCCUGCAGGGACGCAUGUUUUUCCACUACAACUCCAAACUCUGCAUGUCUGAGAUCCGCAAGAUGGAGGAAGUGACUGGGACCAAAGAGCGGCAAGUCAAGAACGACAUCGCCUCCAAGACCAAUGGAGACCAGGCCUCAUGUGAGAACCAUGUGUUGAAGUUUACCCUGAUUCGAACCAUGAGCGAUAAAAUAAUGGUCAAGUGGGAACCCUUCUGGCCUCCAGACUUCAGAGACCUGCUGGGCUUCAUGGUGCUCUACAAAGAAGCACCUUUUCAGAAUGUAACCGAGUUUGACGGGCAGGACGCCUGCGGCUCCAACAGCUGGGUGAUUGCUGACGUAGACCCUCCUCGUCGAGCCACAGAGGGGGACAAAGAGCAGUUAGAACCAGGUCAUCUCAUCCUACCACUGAAGCCCUGGACGCAGUACGCCAUUAUGGUGAAAACCCAGCUCUCUGCCUCUGAUGAGCACCAGGUCCACGGAGCCAAGAGUGAGAUCAUCUAUGUUCGCACCAACGCCACCAAACCCUCAGUCCCACUGGACCCCAUUUCCUCGUCCAACUCUUCCUCCCAGAUCAUCCUCAAGUGGAAACCUCCCAACGACCCCAACGGCAACAUCACUCACUACCUGGUCUUCUGCCAGCGCCAGCCUGAAGCCAGCGAGCUUUACAAGUUUGACUACUGUCAAAAGGGGAUGAAGUUGCCGUCACGAGUGCCCACUCAGGUCGACAGUGACGAGGAGCAGAAAUGGAACCAGACGGAGGAGCAGGGCCCGGGGACACGAUGCUGCGCCUGCCCCAAAACCGACAAGGAGCUCAAGAAGGAGAAAGAGGACUCAGAGUACCGCAAAACCUUUGAGAAUUAUCUCCACAAUGAAGUCUUUGAGAUCAAACACUCAAGAGAGCGACGCUCUGUGGUGGGCAUCGCCAACCAAACACAACCCUUCCUCACCACCGCCCCCAGCCCUCCACAGGGCACAGGCAUCCCCAAGGAAAAGGAAACCUUCGAAAGCACAAAGACAGUGGUUAAUGUCCACAGCCACGCCAAGGAGUCCACGGUCAUUUCCGGCCUGCGCCACUUCACCAGCUACCAGAUCGAGGUCCACGCCUGCAACCACCUGACCGAUCCGGACCGCUGCAGCAUGGCAGCGUAUGUCAGCGCCCGCACACUGCCUGAAGACAAAGCUGAUGACAUCGAGGGUCCCAUCAGAUAUGAGGUGACAGAAAAUGCAGUGCACGUCACGUGGCAGGAACCGGUGUCCCCAAAUGGUAUGAUCAUCCUGUACGAGGUCAACUACAAGAGGCUGGGAGACACAGAGGAGCUGCACUACUGCGUGUCAAGGAACAUGUACAGAGAUACCCGGGGCUGCAAGCUGAAAGUGAUGCAUCCUGGGAACUACACGGUGAGGAUCAGGGCCACCUCGCUGGCCGGGAACGGAUCCUGGACCGAACCCACGUACUUCUACAUCCAGGAUUCAAGCGAUCCUCUUUACGUCGUGAAGAUCAUUAUUGGACCGAUCAUCUGCGUUGUCCUGCUGCUGUUUGUGGCCGUGGCAGGAUUCGUCGUGUUCAGGAAGAAUCAAACUCAAGGACCUAGUGGUCCCAUCUACGCCUCUUCAAACCCAGAGUAUCUCAGUGCUAAUGACAUGUAUGAGGAGGACGAGUGGGAAGUGGGCAGAGACAAGAUCCACAUUUUGAGGGAACUGGGUCAGGGCUCCUUCGGCAUGGUCUACGAGGGCAUCGCCAAGGACAUCAUCAAGGGCGAGGGGGACAUGCACGUAGCGGUGAAGACGGUGAACGAGUCGGCCAGCCUAAGAGAAAGAAUUGAGUUCCUGAACGAGGCCUCGGUCAUGAAGGCCUUCAGCUGCCACCAUGUGGUGCGUCUGCUGGGCGUUGUGUCUAAAGGCCAGCCCACCCUGGUGGUGAUGGAGCUGAUGACCCACGGAGACCUGAAGAGCUUUCUGCGCUCUCUACGACCGGACGCUGACAACAACCCCGGGCGUCCACCGCCCACUCUAAAGGAGAUGAUCCAAAUGGCCGCUGAGAUCGCCGACGGCAUGGCUUACCUUAACGCUAAGAAGUUUGUCCACAGAGACCUGGCAGCCAGAAACUGCAUGGUAGCUCACGAUCUUACCGUCAAAAUAGGAGACUUUGGAAUGACCAGAGACAUCUACGAGACGGACUACUACAGGAAGGGAGGGAAGGGCCUGCUGCCCGUCCGGUGGAUGGCACCUGAGUCUCUGAAGGACGGGGUCUUUACCGCAAAUUCAGACUGCUGGUCAUUUGGGGUUGUGCUGUGGGAGAUCAGCACGCUGGCCGAGCAGCCGUACCAGGGCCUGUCUAACGAGCAGGUCCUCAAGUUUGUCAUGGACGGAGGCUACCUGGACCGGCCAGACAACUGCGCUGACAGACUACACAACCUGAUGCAGAUGUGUUGGCAGUACAACCCCAAGAUGCGUCCUGCCUUCCAGGAAAUCAUCGAGAUGCUACGCGAGGAUCUGCAUCCUUCCUUCCAGGAGUUGUCCUUCUUCUACAGUGAGGAGAACAAGCCACCCGAGACCGAAGACUUUGACCUGGACAUGGAAAACAUGGAGAGCAUCCCGCUGGACCCAUCGUCCUACUCACAGAGGGAACAGUGUUUGGACAGGGACGAGGCCUCCUCCAUGGGCCUGAGGGGCACCUACGAGGAGCACCACAUCCCGUUCACACACAUGAACGGGGGAAAGACCAACGGACGAAUACUGGCCCUACCACGGUCCAGCCCCUCCUAACAUACUGUACACAUCCCACGCAGUCACGUCAUUGCUAUAGAUUUAAAUAUAUUUUUGUUUUUUGUUGUCAUUUUAUAUAGAUCACACUUUUAUCACACUCUCUCUACAUGAGCCCUUCAGUGCAUAGCUCAGGACCUUAUUUUUCUUCUCAGAUGCCACAAAUACACACUACAGAAAGCCCACACAUGUAUGCCAGAAGACACUUUUUUUAUUUAUGGACAAACCUCCAGCGUCUCUCUUGUUCAUGA